AUGGCUGAUCAGCUACAGGAUGAACUGCCAGAGCUUACUGAGAUAACAUUACCAGGCGAUGGAAAAACUUAUUCGUCAGUUCUAACUACAGGUUCGUCGAGUAUUAAACGCCGUUCCAAUGACUCGGAUGAUGAGUAUAUGUCACAAACGUAUUCAGACAACAGCCAAGAAAAACGGAAAAAGAUUGAUGAUUUCGAAGAUGAAGACAUCAUGGAAACCUCUCCAGCUAAUCCAGCCAAAGAAGAAACUUUCGACAAAGUGUCUGAUAGCGAAAGUUCCUCUAAUCAAGAAAAUUUUAAUGAGACGAUUCGAACAGACAAGAUCGCUCCUCAAACGAAUAAUGAAAGUCAAAAUCCAUUCUCAUUGAGUAUAAAGACAGACUAUGAAUUAUCUGGCAUGAUAGGAGAGAUCAUCGAGUUAUUGGAGGAGGGAAAAACACUGCGCGAGUCAUUUGAAGAUGAAAAUUACUGUGAAGAAUUUUUCAUGUCUUCAGCCAAAGAUUUCGCCUCUGAAUUAAAGAAGUGUUGCUUUCUAUUCACCUCAAUAAAGAAUGCCAUGGAACAUAAAGUAGAGAAAAUGCCCUCAGUGUCAGACACUCAAACUGUUCAUACGGAAUCUUGUGUUAUAAGCAAUGACCCAGCUGAGCGAAUAGGAGUUCAAUUAAGUGAGCAACAAAAACAAUAUUUGAUAUCCAAAGGACCACACCAACCAGUUUUAGAGAAAUACCCUUGCAAUGUCAUGAUUUCAAAAUCUAAGCAAAAUUCAUUUAGCGCACAGUGGUACGAAAAAUUUCCCUAUUUAGAAUACAGUCUCUCCCUAGAUAGAGCAUUCUGCUUUGCCAGCAGUUUAUUUGGUGAUGGUGCUGGAACGGGAAGUGCAGAAACAAACUGGUCAAGCGAUGGCGUGAACCGAUGGGACAAGAUGAAAAGUCGUGGAAAAGCCAAGAAAGGUAAACUUUGCAGACAUUUUACCAGUACAUCUCAUAAACUUGCUGCCGAAUGA